AUGCAGGCGAAAGUUAUUGGUGGAUUCUUUAUGUCAAUUCAACCAUGGGCAAUAGUUACGGAUUUAGAGUUUGCAAAAAUAGUCCUGAUAAAGGAUUCUGAAUAUUUUCUCGAUCGUGGCUUCUACGUUAAUGAACAAGAUGAUCCCUUGACGGCAAAUUUAAUUAAUAUUGCUGAUGAAAAGUGGAAAAUUCUACGCAAAAAGUUCUCACCUAUCUUUACGAGUGAAAAGAUCAAGAAUAUGAUACCAAUAAUGGUGGGAAUUUCCAAUAAACUCAUUAAGUGCAUCGAUAGAGCAUUCCUGGAAAGUAUAGAUAUCAACCUGAGUGACUACUUAUCAUGCUUCACGAUAGAUAUAAUCGGAAGCUGUGCAUUUGGCAUUGAUUGUGAUACAGUGAACAAUCCUGAAUCAAAGUUUCUUCAAAUUGCCAAAAAAGUCUUUAGCAUUUCAUCAGUUCGAACUGCUAAAUUAUUUUUUCUCUGUGGCUUUCGAAGCCUAGCCAAGAGCCUACAUAUGCGGUGGACUCUGAGAGAAGUUGAAGCAUUUUAUACUAACCUUGUAACAGAAGUCAUUGAGUACAGAGAACGAGAGAAUGUGAAACGAAAUGAUUUCCUUGAUUUGAUGCUUCAGCUGAAAAAUAGAGGAAAGCUCGACAACGAAGCGGAAAAUGAAACAGGUGUUGUUACGCUCAAUGAAAUAAUUGCAAAUGUUCAGACAUUUCUUCUGGCUGGGUAUGACACAUCCUCAGCUACCAUUAAAUUUUGUUUACUGGAGUUGGCUCAUCAUCAAAACAUACAAGAUUGCUUAAGAAACGAACUACGAAGCGUCAUGGAUCAAUUCAGGGAAAUAACGUAUGAAAAAUUAGGAGAAAUGAUAUAUUUGAACAAAGUUGUUUAUGAAACCCUGCGUAAGCAUCCACCUUUCGGCGUCAUCAGCAGAACCCUUUCCAAGGACUACAAAGUCCUAAAUAUGGAUUUAAGCCUACAAAAAGGCACGAUGGUGCUCAUUUCCGUUCUUGGUUUUCAUCACGAUCCACAAAUUUAUCCAGAACCGGAAAAUUUCGACCCAGAACGCUUCAGCAGUCAAGCCAUAAAAUCCCGCCAUCCCUACGCUUUUCUCGGCUUUGGGAAUGGACCACGAAAUUGCAUUGGAAUGAGAUUUGCUCUCAUGCAGAUAAAGAUUUGCCUGGCAACACUCCUGCUCAUGUACAAAGUUUCGCCAUGUUCCAGGACUCAGUAUCCAAUUGAGUACAGCAAAUCUUCUAUGGUUCUAACACCUAAGGAAGGGUGUUGGCUGAGAAUUGAGAAAUGUUAGAUUUUUUUGGUAGAAUAGGUGGGUACUGAAUUUCUUUAAUUAGUUAAUUUAUUUUAAUUGACAAAUUUGUUUAAAAUGUUUGUAUGAAGUAUUGAAAAUUUACGCUAUAUAGUAAUUUUAUAUACAAAAAAGCUCAUGUCUUUAUCACGUUUUAAGUUUAAUUUUAAUGAACGUAUAAAACAAUUAGCAGAAAUUUAUGAUCUGGAUAAAACUAUCUCAUUUCGCAAAUUAAAAUUAUUUCUUUUUAUUUAUUAGUUUAAUAUUUUAAUUUUUGUCAAUAAAAUCCACCUGAAUUGAAUUCAUUUGGCAAGAAACAUUAAUAAUGAUUUUCCUUUGUUCUCUUUUAAUUAUCUUCAUUUGUCAUUGAUUUUAUUUGGUAAUUUUUUUCAAUCAAAAUUAAUUGGGACGU